AUGGUCAAACCGAAAAAACAACAGAAAGCCCAACAAGCCAAGGUGAAGAACCGUGACCCGUCGCCAGAAAAGCCGUCCAAGGAUGCCUCCAAAACGCUGCCAAAAACUCUGUCUGAAAUGACCUCCAAGGAUCCGCCAGAAAUGGUGAUUGAUUUGCCCACCGAGGAAUCAGAAAUUUUUGGCGCAGAUUUUCAGCGAUUUGAUCGCUACAUCGGUGAAUGUGUCAAGUACAAUGACGCUGUCCAAGGACACUUUGAUCGCCUACAGAAGCAAAUCGAAAGUUCCAACUCUCGAGAAAGCGCUAUCAAGCGUAAAAUCGAUGACGAAGUUAUUAACAACAAUAAGCGUGAAAAAGAGGUUCUCAGUGUGGUCCACGAACUUCAGGAGGCAUACGACCGCAAUACAAAAAAGCUUCGCGAUCAUCACCAACAGCAAAUUUCUCGUCUAGUCGACAAACACAAGCUUGAGAUAGCCAAAUGGAAGUCAAAGUAUGAAAAGAUCAAGUUUGACAAAACAGUCAAAACUGACAACGCUGAGAAAGCUGAGAAAGCUGACAAAAUAGAACCCACCGUAGAUCUGGCUGUAGAUCAUGGUGACGAACUUGUGGAGAUUAAAUCGGAACUCGAGCUCACCAAAAAGAAUCUCAAUAGAAAGACUGAUGUUUGCAAUUAUUUGCGCGGCGAACUUGCCAAGUACAAGUCUAAGGUUUCUGAAUUGCAAUGCUUUAUUGAAAAUGAGAAAAAGGAAAGCACUGAAUACUUGCAAGAGAAAGAACGUUUCCAGCAGGAACUUGAAAAGAAUAAACAUGCUCUUGAAAACAAAGACAGCGAAAUAUUGGAAAUAAAGGAUCUCCAGUUUAAUGAAAAGAAGUGGAAAGACAAGUGCACCGAGUUUGAAAAGAAGCACCAAAUACUCCUCUUGGAAAUUGAAUCCAUUAAACGGAAAAACGCCGCUCUUCGACUUGAGAUUCAGCGAAAGGACACCGAACUGGACAAUGUGAUUUCAGAGAAAAGCAAACUGAAAAAGUCUCAUGAGGCUCUUAAAAAGGUUUGCAGCGAGCUGGAAGUGCAGGUGGAGAGCUUUAGUCAAAAGUUCACUAACGCGAGCAGUGCUAAGAAGAAUCUGCAACAGCAACAGUACUCCAUCACCGAUGAGAUGAGCCACUUGAAAAAUGAACUCUAUUUGGCUAAUCAGAAGUACAAUCAGAUUUACUCGGAGAAGGAAAACAUCUUAAAUAAGCUGACUAACAAGGAGCACGAGUUAAAGAUAAUGCUCACCAAUGAAAAAAACCGAAUUCAAAAUUUGCAGAACGAUCUUGAAAUGGCGCAGGACAGUGUUAGCCGACUGGAGGACAAGGUUGCCUGGCUCGAGGCGAAUCUUGAGGACAGCAAUAGUAUUAUUAAGCGCCUUGAACAGGACAAUGCCAUCAUCAAUGAACAACUGGUCAAAAUUAAGGAAGAGGCUUCGGGAUACAUUAGCGAAAUUUAUGAGCUUAAAAAAGAAAAGGGCGAACUUGAAGAGCAACUCUACAUUGCGGACGCCCAUGAAAAAGCGCUUCGGACUACUAACCAUGAGCUGCGAAAGUAUUUUGAAAUGCAGGAAGCAGAACUGCAUCAACGAAAAUAUACAUAUGACGAGACAACUGCUCAGCAGAUGAAGCUGAUUGAGUAUUUGACGCAGCAGUCAGAUGACAAACUAAACAAGCGCAAGAUUGGCCACUCGCUUGAGCAAAAGUAUCAAGAGGCACAGCGAGAACUGGUGGCGCAAAAAGCUAGAAACAUAAUGCUCAACGAGCAAUUGACUAAUGCUAAUGCAGACCUUUCUAAACAUCUCUCGGAAGUCGAGUUCUUGACUUCGGAAAUCAAUGACUUGAAGAAUAGACUCAUCAAUGGACAUUAA